CGGCCGCGGCGGCGGGGGUGCUGUACGGAGGGGACGAUGCCCAGGGCAUGAUGGCGGCGAUGCUGUCCCACGCCUACGGCCCCGGCGGCGGCGGGGCCGCCGCUGCCGCCCUGAACGGAGAGCAAGCGGCCCUGCUGAGAAGGAAGAGCGUCAACACCACCGAGUGCGUCCCGGUGCCCAGUUCCGAACAUGUCGCUGAGAUUGUCGGACGCCAGGGUUGUAAAAUUAAAGCACUGAGAGCCAAGACAAACACGUAUAUCAAGACACCUGUCCGCGGUGAAGAGCCCAUUUUUGUUGUCACUGGACGGAAAGAAGAUGUUGCCAUGGCCAAGAGAGAAAUCCUUUCGGCUGCAGAGCACUUCUCUAUGAUCCGUGCAUCUCGGAACAAAAAUGGCCCCGCGCUUGGAGGGUUAUCGUGUAGUCCUAAUCUGCCCGGUCAAACCACAGUCCAAGUCAGGGUCCCCUAUCGUGUGGUAGGGCUAGUGGUUGGACCAAAAGGAGCAACAAUUAAGAGAAUUCAGCAACAGACCCACACAUACAUAGUUACUCCGAGCAGAGAUAAGGAGCCAGUCUUUGAAGUCACAGGGAUGCCGGAAAAUGUUGAUCGAGCACGAGAAGAAAUAGAAAUGCAUAUUGCCAUGCGUACAGGGAACUAUAUAGAGCUCAAUGAAGAAAAUGAUUUCCACUAUAACGGUACCGAUGUGAGCUUUGAAGGUGGCACUCUAGGCUCUGCGUGGCUCUCUUCCAAUCCAGUUCCUCCAAGCCGAGCAAGAAUGAUGUCCAACUAUCGAAAUGAUAGUUCUAGUUCUCUAGGAAGUGGUUCCACUGAUUCCUAUUUUGGAAGCAAUAGGCUGGCUGACUUUAGUCCAACAAGCCCGUUUAGCACAGGAAACUUUUGGUUUGGAGAUACACUACCGUCUGUAGGCUCAGAAGACCUUGCAGUAGACUCUCCUGCCUUUGACUCUUUACCAACAUCUGCUCAAACUAUCUGGACUCCAUUUGAACCAGUUAACCCACUCUCUGGCUUUGGGAGUGAUCCUUCUGGUAACAUGAAGACUCAGCGUAGAGGAAGUCAGCCAUCAACUCCUCGUCUGUCUCCUACCUUUCCUGAGAGCAUAGAACACCCACUUGCUCGAAGGGUUAGGAGCGACCCACCUAGUACAGGCAACCAUGUUGGCCUUCCAAUAUACAUCCCUGCUUUUUCUAAUGGUACCAAUAGUUAUUCCUCUUCCAAUGGUGGUUCCACCUCUAGCUCACCUCCAGAAUCAAGAAGAAAGCACGACUGUGUGAUUUGCUUUGAGAAUGAAGUUAUUGCUGCCCUAGUUCCAUGUGGCCACAACCUCUUCUGCAUGGAAUGUGCCAACAAGAUCUGUGAAAAGAGAACGCCAUCAUGUCCAGUUUGCCAGACAGCUGUUACUCAGGCAAUCCAAAUUCACUCUUAACUAUAUAUAUAUACAUAAAUACUAUAUCUUAUAUGGACUCAUAAAGGCAUGGGUAUAAUGGUAUACCCCAGUAAACUUCCUAAUGAAUUCUUAUGACUGUUAUCAGGCUUUAUUGGGAUUAGGCUAAAGUUGUUAGUACACUUAUAAAAGGCUGCUAUGGUAACACUAAACCUAAGUGGUCUCUUGUCUAUUAGUUUGGUUUGAAUUAUUAAUACUAUCUUGUAGACUCGGAGACAUAGCUUGUAUAGGAAUUGUUAAAGCUGAAGUUCUACUUGGCUGUGUAACCUAUGAGCAAAAUGUAUCCAUCUGAGGUUGUAGUCAGUGGGUCCCAAAGCCUAGCCGCAUUAAGAGUUUAUGGAGGUGCCUGGCAUCACAAAUGACUGACACUCCAGCGCUGCCUUCUUCACACUGCCAGUUUUGACAAAAACAGGUUUGUUUUUUAUUUUACAACAACUUCUGCCUAAUUCUGCAGGAUUGCAAGUAACUUUUUAAAGCAUUGUGAUUACUUACUAGUAAUAAUAGGGCUGAUGGCAGUUUACUAGAUCACUGGUUAUAAUUUGGGACAAAAACUGCUACAUUGACUUUCAUCUCGCCCAGAGUGCUCAAGGCUGCUGUGUUCAGUGGAUCAGGAAUACAAUUGUCUUUGAUUGUGAAUUCCUACCCAUUGCCUCUCUCAGUGAAUGUGGAAAUGGCCGCCUGGGUUUUCCCAUUUCUGGAUGGGCUUUGGGAAGCACCUAUAUUGGCUGAAAAUUUGAGAAUGCGAACAUUCCAUUCAUUAGUCUGAUCAAGAUAUUAAUUAAUAUUUAGACUGUAGCUCAAAAUGUGAAACAUUUUUUGUUCAAUCCAUAUUUGUCUUGCACAUUAUAAAUAUAUUUUUAUUUUUUAGUAAUGUAGGGGAUGGGGAGGGAGACAAUAAUGCCCUUGGCAUGAUUCAUGAAAGCAGCUGUGACAACCUCCAAUCAGUUUACUUCAUUUCAAACCUAUUUCCAAUCACAAGGAAAGAUUUCUUUAAGACACUUGUACAUUUCACCUGUGGAUGUUUUAACGUCAUCCUCAGUAUGUCCCCAAAUUUGCUGGUAUUGAGAGGAUAAAACAUUAUACUGGUGGGUUUUUCUACUAAUUAUUUUUUGAAACGUUAUUUUCCCAACACAAAAGAGCUUUUUUUCUCAGUAUAACAAAAAUUGAAAUCUUAUGUGUAUUCAAUAGUAAAUAGACAAAAUUUUAUUUUUUAUUUCCACUUGAAGAGUUACAUUUCGUAUAAAGUUUACAAAUAACGGUUUUUAUUUUGAUUUUUUUCAGUAUAAAAAGUUGCCUUGAUGGCACAUUAUGAUGUAAUGCUAAUGGCUUGUAGGAUAGUUGAUUGUCAGUAUUGAAUCCUAAUCUCUAGCUGCCGUCUUGUAGAUAUGGACGAAUGUCACCCAGCAUGUGUUUCGUAUUUUGUUGCAUCGUACACUGCAACUAAUAAGCCAAGGAAUCGACAUAUAUUAGGUGCGUGUACUAUUUCUAAAAACCACAAACUAAGAAUGAUAAAUUAUCAAUAUAGUUUAGUAUUUGCUAAUUUUACUACACUCUUUUGUUAUGUAUAUGUAGGGAAGUCAUAGGGAUUAUAAAUUCAAUUUGAGUAAAGUUUAAAACCAUAUAUUUUAUGAUAAAGGGCCUUUAACUUAAGAUGGCCAAAGCACUGAUAUUAUAUAUUUGCUGUAAAGAGAAUUAUAAGAGUUUUAUUUUUCUGAUAUUAAAAGUUACUUAAUAAAGACUUGUUUCCAUUAAC